GCUGGCAAGAAUGUCCUGGUCACCGGGGGCGGCCGAGGCAUCGGCGAGAUGAUCGCGGAAGGCCUCGUGGUCAACCAGUGCUUUGUCAUUAUCAGCUCCAGAGAUGCGAAGCAGUGCGAGGCGACUGCUGCGCGUCUCAAUGCCCUUGGCAAGGGAAAGUGCGUAGCCUUCGGAAGUGAUCUGGCCACAUCGGCUGGAAUUGAGGCCUUGGCCAAGCGUGUCCAGGAGCUUACUGGAGGCAAGUUGCAUGCGCUGGUCAACAACAGCGGCAAGGCCUGGGGGGAGCCAUUCGAGAAUUUUGAUGUGCCGAAGGGCUUUGACGAGAUUCUUCGGAUCAAUGUCGCUGGAUCCAUGUUGGAUGCGCUGGUUCCAUGUUAG